AUGAUGCGUAAGAAACUUUCGGGCGGCGGAAUGGACGCGACGGUGGACGAGCUGAGCGCGGCGUAUAAGGAGUUCGUGGCGGCUGCGGUGGCCGUGAUGGAAGCUCGCGAGCAGUCGGGCGGCCAGAAGAUGGCAGCCACGGACGCGGCGCUUGAAGCCUUCAAGCAGCGAUGGGAGCUCUUCCGCGUCUCCUGCGACCACGCCGAGGAGCUCGUUGAGUCCAUCCGCCAGCGCAUCGGCUCCGAGUGUCUCGUCGACGAGGCCACGGGAUCUUCCUCUUCCGCCUCCACGCCCGCAAGCGUCGCGCUGGCUGCCCCCGGCAUCAAGCCAAUCAGCGCCGUCCGCCUCGAGCAGAUGAGCAAGGCCGUCCGCUGGCUCGUUAUCGAGCUUCAGCACGGCGUCGGAGGGCCCUCAGCUGCCGGACCUGGCGGUGGCGUCUCAACCCCGGCUGCCGGCGCCGGAGGGCAGCAUGUGCACGGCGGGGUCGAAUCGCGCUUCCCCGAGGAUGGCACCCAGUAG